AUGGUUAUAAAAAUUUCCUACAACCAGCACAUACGUGAACGAAAUAGCUUCUCCAACGAAAAACCAGAUUCCGACUUACCUAGAGACAUAGAAAAGGGCUGGCUGCAACAGAGACGUGAACAUAUAAAAAAUUGGAGGUUACGUUACUUUAUUUUAUUAAAUGAUGGUACUUGGUUUGGAUACAAAGAAAAACCUGGUAACCAAACUGCCAUUCGUAUUCAACCUUCAAACAAAUUUACUGUUAAGGGAUGUAAAAUAAUACCUCUAAAUGAACCGAAGCCUUACACGUUUGUUAUAAGAGGAUUACUGUGGACAAGAGUUAUUGAAAGAAUAUUUUAUGUCAAUACACAAAAAGAAAGAAGGGACUGGAUUGCUGCUAUUAGGUAUAUAGCUGAUAAGCUUGCUUAUCAAGAUAGAAACAUAGUACAACAACAACUUCCUCAAAUUCAGACAGAGUCAGUUCCAAGGAGAUCCAAUCCAUCUAGAGUUGCUUCCACUAGUAGGAACAGUCUUGACAAACUAUCAAGUAGUCUUGAAAAAACAUCAAUCAGUACAUCCUCAAAACAAAAAAAAGUAACUUUGGAAAACUUUGAGUUUUUAAAAGUUCUUGGUAGAGGUGGAUACGGUAGAGUUAUCUCAUGCAGAGAGAAAGGAACCACAGAAAAUUUGUACGCUUUAAAAUCUGUUAUGAAAUCAUUUAUAAUUGGCCGUAACCAAGUAUCCCACACUUUAUCAGAAAACAGAGUCAUGAGGAUCAUGAGACAUCCAUUUUUAAUAUCUUUAAAGUACAGUUUUCAAACGGCCGACAGACUCUUUUUUGUCGUGGAUUACUUGAGUGGUGGUGAUCUUUAUUUUCACGUGAAACAUGAUCGUUUCUUCGACGAGGACCGCGCCAAGUUUUAUGGAGCCGAAAUUAUUUUGGCAGUAGGUUAUUUACAUACACAGGGUAUUAUUCACCGUGACCUUAAACUGGAAAACAUCUUAUUAGACAAAGACGGUCACAUAAAAAUCGUUGAUUUCGGUUUGUGUAAAGAAGACAUAACAUACGGGAAAACAACAAACACGUUUUGCGGCACUCCAGAGUAUUUGGCACCAGAAAUUUUAGAAGACCGAGCUUACGGUCGAGCUGUAGACUGGUGGAGUGUUGGAGUGAUCAUAUGUGAAAUGAUGAGUGGUAAGCUUCCAUUUGAUGACAGAGAUCGAGAAAUACUUUCGAGGAUGAUACGAAAGGAAAAAGUUAAAUUUCCAAAAACCUUCAGCGUUGAAGCGAAGGAUGUAUUAAGAGGUUUACUGGUAAAGGAUCCAGACAUGAGAUUGGGUGGUGGUCCACUUGACGCCAAGGAAGUCACAGAGCAUUCGUUCUUCUGGUCGAUAAACUGGAAUAUGAUGUUAAAAAAAAAGAUUCCACCUCCCUUCAAACCGCAGGUUACCUCGGACACAGACACGCGUUACUUUGACAUCGAAUUCACCGAUGAAAGUGUCAAACUUACGCCGACCGACCCUAACAGCCAUUGUCUAAAAUUGAUGACCGAGGAACACAAACAUUUUACCCACUUCUCUUACCAAAACAUUAGUCCCUCCUCGGCAGCCAGUAAUUAUCAUUUUUAA